UUCAUCCCCGCCUCAUCGCCAUCAGAUUAUUAUUUGGUUUAUAAUGCCGCUGAAGAAAAGCCCUACGGCUGCUCAUGCGAAUCAUGCCAUUACUCUGGUGAUUAUGCUACAAUAUGUUCCCAAGCUGUUAGUCAUUUUCCCAUUGAACUGGAAGAUCAUCAAGAACACCGGGGUUGUGGCAAAGACUGCUUGGUCUGGUGCUGCAUAUAAUCUUCUUCUCUAUAUGUUGGCUAGUCAUGUUUUAGGAGCUGUAUGGUAUCUGAUGUCGAUAGAGCGAGAGUUGUCAUGCUGGAAGAUGGAGUGCAAAAAGGAGGAGAAAUGCAACCCCUUAUUCCUGGACUGUUCUUAUGCUGCGGCAAUGGAGAAGCGGGAAGAGUGGGCAGCGUCCACUCAGGUGUUCAAGAAUUGCAAUGCCCGAACCACACCCAACGGCUUCCAGUUCGGGAUGUUCGCAGCUGCAUACAACGACCAGGUUUCCUCUGCCACCUUCUUUGAGCGCUACUUUUAUUGCCUCUGGUGGGGUUUGAGGAGCCUCAGUUUGCAGUUCGUAUGGACAAGGAAUGGAGACCACAACAUACACUGUUGAGACACUAUUUAGUUCUAUUAUCUGUCUUAUGGGCUUAGUUAUUUUCGCACUUCUGAUUGGAAAUAUGCAGUCUUACCUGCAAUCAAUGUCAACAAGACUGGAAGAAUGGAGGGUGAAACGCAGAGAUACUGAGGAGUGGAUGCGACACCGUCAAUUACCCCAAGAACUGCAGGAACGUGUUCGCCGAUUUGUUCAAUAUAAAUGGCUUGCCACUAGAGGAGUGGAAGAAGAGGAGAUAUUACGUUCAUUACCUUUGGAUAUACGCCGCGAAAUACGACGACAUCUUUGUCUAGCUCUUGUUCGUCGGGUCCCUUUUUUCGCACAAAUGGAUGACCAGCUUUUAGAUGCUAUAUGUGAGCGCCUAGUUUCAUCGUUAAACACAAAGCACACAUUCAUCGUCCGGGAAGGCGAUCCAGUGAAUGAGAUGCUUUUCAUUAUCAGAGGGCAACUCGAGAGUUCCACCACAAAUGGGGGGCGCUCUGGAUUCUUGGACUCCAUAACUCUUAAACCCGGUGACUUUUGCGGCGAAGAGCUACUGACGUGGGCACUAAUGCCAAAUAUGAAUUCCAACCUUCCAUCAUCAACACGAACGGUGAAAUCGCUUACAGAGGUCGAGGCAUUCGCUCUCCGAGCUGAAGACCUGAAGUUCGUGGCGAACCAGUUCAAGCGCCUGCACAGCAAAAAGCUGCAGCAUGCUUUUCGGUGUUACUCGCACCAGUGGAGGACGUGGGGAGCUUGUUUCAUCCAAGCUGCAUGGAGGCGUUACAAGAGGAAGAGGCUGGCAGAGGAGCUGGCUAGACAAGAGAGCUUGGCCUGUACAAAAUAUAUGGACAUGGAUGGUGAUGAUGAUGGUGAUAGUAUUUUUGAAGACAGCAAUGCUCAACAUCUGGGUGCUACAAUUUUGGCUUCAAAAUUUGCAGCGAACACUAGGAAAGGCGCUGCUGCUGCUGGCCAGAAGGUGAGAGUGGUGGAUCCUACUGAUCCCGGUUUGCGGAUGCCCAAACUUUUCAAACCCAAUGAACCCGACUUUUCUGGACAUGGUGCAGAAACUCAACCUGCGGGUGAUCCGUUUGAGUGAAGAUCCCUCCAUUAUUAUAGUAUUAUACUAAUAAUUAAUAAUGUACUAAUAUAGACAGAAGUCUAUCUUGAGUCUCAUAUACUCCCUCUAUCCCACAGUUAAGUUUACAGUUUGAUUUUUCGAGUCCAAUUUUAUUAAUUUUGACCGUCAAUUAUGAGCAUCUAUAUCGUAUAACCGGUUGUACAGUAUGAUUUGUCCAGCCCGUGACAUUUUUGUAAUUUUGGUUGAAAUUCACGACUUCCGGUUGUACAGUUGUACUUGUAUUGAACAUCAAGCCUAUUAUGUUGAACAUUAGAAAUCUAAUAUUGAGUAUCGUGAUA